CGUCGGCGAGCGGCAGGAGAAAGCAGCCUCUGUCUCUCCAUGUAGCAUACGUCUGUCUCGUCUUGGAAUGAUGACCAUUGCCUUGGUCCCACCAUCCCUUUCUCCAGGGCACCGUAUAUGUCGGGGGAACCCCUCUUAAGACACCGACCCACUCUUGUCCAACAAGUAUUUCCCCCGUUAGGGAUGGUAUUAGCCACUAUCGGUCCAUUUUGAAGUGAAGAAAGCAGCGUUGGGAGCGAAGCGCGCAGACAAUUACGCGUGUCGAGUCGCGCUGUUAGCGGUCCUAUGCAGCUAAAAAAAUCGCCAUUGUUUGGAUGAACGAGAUACUGGUGAAAGCUAAGAAAAGGAGACUUUUGUCUGCGAGCUAUCAUGGUCUCAACAUUUCUUUGGGCGAUCUAUCUCCAGUGUUUCAUCCAGAGCAGCGCGGCCUUCCAGGUGACCCUGCGGGACGAGGACUGGAUGGCGGCCGUACUGGAGCCGUCGGACCUGCGGGACAACGUCACCGAGUACGCCGUGCUGCUGGCCGGCGAGCCGCGGCCCCGCCUGGUCCCGUUCCUCCCGCUGCCCGCCGACGGCAGCCUCCCGCCGCCGCUGGUGCUCAACGUGACGCACCCCGGCCUGGCCUACCGGGUGGCGCUGCUGGCCCGGGACGGACGGGCCUGGACCCGGCCACUCCGCAGCGUGGGCGUCCUCACACGGCCUCUGCCAGUGGACAGCGCGACCAUAUCAGACUACAGAGAAGCUCCGGAGACGGGGGUGGUGUUUGAGAUCAGCUCCCCGCCGAACAACGUGUUCAGCCGGGUGAACAUCAGCUACGUGGAGGGGACCGACCUGCGCUCUAUGCUCUAUAAAGAUUUCUACCGGGGGAAGACGGUGUUCAAGCACUGGCUCCCCGGGCUGUGCUACAGGAACGUCACCUUCCAGCUGAUCUCCGAGGCCACCAUCAACAGGACCGCCAUGGUGCGGCAUAGCGGCGUCACCCACCGGCCCCUACAGCACAGGACAGUGCCGAACCCGCCGCGCAACAUCACCUGGAAGCUGGUCCCCCUCAGCCAGCAGGGGGCGGCCGUCCCCCCGGGGCACCCCCCCCAGCCCCGCCAGGCCCGGGACGUCCCCCUCCUGGAGGAGGAGUACCAGGGUGAGGUCCACGCCGACGAGGAGGAGUACCCUUCAGAGGAGGCCCCCACCGAGCCCCCCACGCAGAACGCCACGGCAACCGCCGCCGCCGACGACUACGCCUACGCCAACGCCACUGCUACCGCUAACGACGGCGGCGGCGUUGCCGACGACGACGGCGUCGCCAACGGCAACGAGACGGCGGAGGCGGACGAGGACGCGGCCUUCCGGACGCGGGCCUUCACCCGGCCCGCCCCCACCGGGACCCCGCCCCCCCCCGCCGACCGGGCGGCGGAGGGGGAGGAGUUUGUGAACGGGCUGCUGCCGGAGUACGAGGACUCCAACGAGCCGGGCUCCGCCCUGGGCAUGCCCCGCCCCUCGGCCCCCCCCCCGCCGGUGGCCCCGCCCACCAGGCUGCCCCCCCUGCUGCUGGAGCUCCACUGGCUGCCCCCCGCCCCCCCCACCCACUACGACGGCUUCAACGUCUACAUCUCCCGCGACGGCAACGUGACGGAGACGGCGACGGUGGACGUGAACACCCACGAGUUCUUCACGGAGCCCACGGAGCCGGGGACGUACCGCGUCCUGGUCACGGCGCUGAGCUCCGCCGGGGACUGCGAGGCCCGGGAGAGCUCCUCCUACUCUGCCUUCACCUUCUACCUCAGCCCCGGGGGCCGGUGCAUGGAGGAGCCCAAGGAGAGGCCCUACAGCGUGAGCGUCCGCCUGCUGGGGUCCAGCACGGCCGCCGUGAGCUGGGGCCCGUCGGCCGAGGGCCACAACGGCAGCCUGAUCUCGGUGCUGUCCACCACCUGCCUCCGGCCCAGCCUGAACCAGAGGAUGGAGAGCACCUACUGCACCGAGGAGAACACCACCAGUGACAUCAUCACCAGCCUGACCCCGGGGGCCCAGUACCGGGUGGUGGUCUACCACACCAACGGACCCCUCAUCAGCCCCCCCUCCGAGCCCGUCAUCAUCGACAUAGAGCCCACGGGGGUGCGGGACCUGGUGGUGUACCCCCUGAGUCCCACGGUGGUCAUCCUGAGCUGGCAGCGGCCGUACCACGUGGCCUUCCGCAAGUACGUCCUGCAGACCUUCUUCUUCAACCCCGUCACGCUGGCGUCGGAGUGGACCACCUACUACGAGAUCGCCGCCACCGCGUCCGUCAUCGCCUCCGUGAGAGUGACAGAUAUGCUGCCCGCCUGGUACUACAAUUUCCGUGUUUCCAUGGUGACCUGGGGGGACCCAGCUCUCAGCUGCUGUGACAGCUCAACUGUCAGCUACAUCACCGCCCCGGAGGCGCCCCAUAUCUCCUCCGUGGACUACUCCCACGGGGUUCUGUACGUGCGCUGGACGUACGGGGAGCUCUUCGUCGACCUGUCCCACUCCCGGAUGCUGCACUGGCAGGUGGUGGCCGUGGGCAAGAAGGGAGCCAAGAAGAGCUACUCCAUCGACGUGACGCGUAACGUGAUGCGUGCCAGCCUGCCGCUGCCCCCCGGCGACAUCUACAACCUGACGGUGACGGCGUGCACGGAGCGCAGCCGCAACGCCUCCACGCCCAGCAUCAUCAAACUAGAGCCGGCGCCGCCGCGGUCCCUGUACGCCGUCAACACCACCCACUCGUCCUUCACCCUGCUGUGGAGCGUGGAGGGGGUGGUGGACUACUACCAGGUCCUCUGCCGACCGGCCAGACCCCACACCGAGGCCAAGCCCCAUCAGGCCCAGGCGUCCACGGGUCACUUUGUGACGGUGUCGGGCCUCCAGCCGUCCUCCACCUACAACUGCACCGUCACCACCUACAGCUACAGCACCGCCAGCAAGCCCGCCUACAUCAGUGUCAGCACCGUCGCUAAGGAGAUGAACCCCGGGGUGGCGGCUGUCUCGGCCCUGGCCGUUCUCAGCGUGCUCCUGGUCAGCCUGCUGGUCCUCUUCCUCCUGGUGCUCCGCAAGAAGCACCUCCAGAUGACCCGGGAGUGCGGAGCUGAGACUUUUGUCAAUUUUGCUUCCUUUGAGAGAGACGGCAAGCUUCCAUACAACUGGCGAAGAAGUCUCUUUGCCUUCCUCACACUUCUGCCAUCCUGCCUUUGGACUGACUAUCUCUUGGCUUUUUAUAUUAAUCCGUGGAGCAAGACGGCUUUGAAGAAACGGAAGCUAACAAGCCCGGUCCAGCUGGAUGACUUUGAGGCCUACCUCAAAGACAUGAGCAAAGACACGGCCUACAAGUUCUCCCUGCAGUUUGAGGAACUGAAGACUGUGGGACUGGACCUGUCACAUGACGCAGCCGACCUGCCAAUCAACCGGCCCAAGAACCGCUACACCAACAUCCUGCCAUAUGAUUUCAGCCGCGUCAAGCUGAUGUCCCUGCUCAACGAUGAGGGAGCCGACUACAUCAACGCCAACUACAUCCCCGGCUACAAGUCCCCCAGGGAGUACAUCGCCACCCAGGGCCCGCUCCCGGAGACCAGGAACGACUUCUGGAAGAUGGUCCUCCAGCAGAAGAGCCAGCUCAUUGUGAUGCUCACGCAGUGCAACGAGCGGCGCCGGGUGAAAUGCGAUCACUACUGGCCCUUCACAGACGAGCCGGUGAUGUACGGCGAGGUCAGCGUGGAGAUGCUCACCGAGAUCGAGUUCCCGGAUUGGACCAUCCGCAACUUCCGGCUGGGCUACGCCGACGAGAGCCAAGACGUUCUGCACCUCAACUACACGUCCUGGCCCGACCACGGCGUGCCCACGGUCAACGCCAUCGAGAGCAUCCUGAGUUUCGUCGAGAUCGUCCGCCAUCAGGCCGACCAGUCCAAGGAGUCCGUGGUGGUGCACUGCAGUGCGGGCGUCGGGCGGACUGGGACCUUCAUGGCCCUGGACCGUCUCAUGCAGCACCUCCGGGAGCACGAGUACGCCGACGUCCUGGGCAUGGUGUCUGAGAUGCGCUCCCACCGCCUCUCCAUGGUGCAGACCGAGGAGCAGUACGUCUUCAUCCACCAGUGUGUGCCGCUCAUGUGGAAGCAGAAGAAGCAGCAGUCCAUCACCGGCGACGUCAUCUACGAGAACGUCAGCAAGACAUAGUGUCGCUCCCCUCCCAGGGCACGGACAGACGUAGGACCCUCCACCUCCUCCUCCUCCUCCUCUGCUUCCAGCUCCUCCUCCUGAGCUUCAUCACCGCGCCUACAAUGUAAAACUCUGCGGCCGCGUCCGAGCGGAGACAUCGGCGACAUAAAGGCAUCCGGGAAAAAACAACCACAAAAACAUAUUGAUAGUGUUGAUGUUGAACGCACGGGACGGUACUAAUGCCUUAACGAGCCGCCGCCGCCGCCAGACUCGUCACCAGCCGCCGACCCGACCCCUGACCCCUGACCCAUUCUCAUAUUGAGAGGGGUCGAGGGGUACACCCUGGGGUGGGGUGGGACGUCAUGUGACCACGGCGACGCGGUCCGGAGUGAAUGUCAAAGCAGAUGUCCGGGAGAGGGGGGAGGGGGGGGGGGGGGGGGGGGGGAGGCGUGUCCGUGUCCGAACUCCAGAACUGGGGCACCGGGGUUAGCGUUUAGCGUUUUGUUCGUGUCGUAUUUUUUUUGUUGUCGUGUCACAUCUCAGGAGUAACCGAAAGAAGACAAGCACACCGGUCGGUUUGGAUUAACGAUACUUUACCCCCCCCCCCCCCCCCCCAGCCCACCGGUGAACAAAGUUUUAGUCACGAAAGACGACACUAGUGCUUGCUACUUCGUUUUUCCCUCGGACGUCUCAUCUGUUUUAUUUUUUAUUUUUUUCAUUGUAUUCUGACCUCUUGUGUCAGCGACUGCAACUUGCAGAGUUCAGCCGGCGAAGCGGUAGUCCUCAUACACACACAGAGAGACACGUACGCUCACAAGCUAGCCGGCCAGCGACCCAGCCGCCCAGCUCUCCUGCCAUUCCGCUCCAGGCGGUGUAUUCGACCGGCAGCCGCCGUCGCCACGAGCAGCGACACUGCCAUCCCGCCGCUAGACCCGGGACCAACACCCCUGACCUCCGCCCAAACCCCACAACGGCGGCCGGGGGUUGGGGUGAAUCGGCCAGGGAGUUCAACGUUCCGCUCUACAACGCACAUCUAGGAACACAAACAAGGCACAAACCCGAUACAGGAAGGAAUCCCGUUUUAACCCCGGCUCCCAACGCCAUCAGCUCAAAUUGCCAACAACUCCGACCAAGAGCUGGCCGGCCGAUGCGGACGCCGCGGAGACUGUGGUCGUACGGACUGUGGUCGUACGGACUGUGGUCGUACAGACUGUGGUCGUACAGACUGUGGUCGUUCAAACUGUGGUUUGCUCUAAGAGAUUGUGGCGGUGGGGUUUUGGCGGCCUUGUGUUUCUGUGGGAAGCUACGACUACUGUGCAGAAACGUCUAACAUCACCGGACCUUUGUGGAGACCGGUUUGUCUCUCGGAUGUCGAAGCCCUGCGGAGUGGACAGACGGGGCCGGACAGACGGACGUUUCUCUGUGAAGUCGUUGGGACACCCGUGUUUACGCAGGGUGUUUCCAUGGCGGCUCUGUGUUUGUCAUGAGGGAUACGGGGUCGUUUCUAUUUUUUAUGAACAGUGGAGGUAGGAGCGAAGAGGAAGAAAAGUCGCCCGGUCAGAUGAAAGUACCUCGUUCUGUGAGCUACCCAGGGGGACUGCACGGUACUUUGCCAAUGUUGUUGGACAUGGAUCCCCAGGCCUUCACUUGGACUCUAAACACCACUGAUUACGACUCCCAUGUAAAUGUUGCUUAUGUUAAAGCUCCCAAGUGGAGAGCGAUGGUUGUGUUUUUGUAAUUCUUUAUCCCAACUGUAAUCGGACUCGAGACUUUACCACUAACCACUUUAAAGACCUUAUAUCGGCCUUCUUCGAUCAUAUCUUACGCAAAAGGAAAUGGCGAAAGUGUCACUCCCUCAAAAUGAAAAGCAUAUCUCAUUCUUGCCUACAUUACUGUACAGAGGUGUACAGCAGAAACCCCGUCCUUCGAGAGAUAUCGUCAUAUUGUUUUUCAGUGACAACACCGGUACAGUUCACGAAAUGCCAGUGAGAAAGAUAAAACUGAAUCGGCAACGCCAACAUCCAUGUACGCUACGACAAAAAAACGUCAAAGCAAGCACCUUUUACCCUCUGCAGAGUUACAAGCCAAUCAGCAUAUUGCAAGGUAUCGUCAAAUUAACCAGGCAACAUCGAAUGCUGUCCCCCACCCCCCCAAGCUAGUGCUAAUGUUGCUAAUGCUAAUGUUGUUAACAAUAAAUACGAUGGAAACAGUGCCUUCUCAGGCACCUCCUUGGUAUGAAGCUAAAAUAUAUAUCGUAAUGUACUAACAUCUCUCAGAGGUCUUUCUUCUUUCCUGUCAAUAUUGGACUGGAUCCAUUGUCACCGACUGCCGUUGUCGACUUCUAUCAAGGAAGAUGAACGUUAGCAUGGCUGAGAAGGACCAAAAGGCCCCUGAAGGACCACGGAGUCCUACCACUGGGCCCCCCCUAAACUCUCCCCGACUAGGGGAUGCUACAGUGGCCGGGGGGGUCCUCCAUGAAGAGCCCGGGACGUUGUGGUUGACCUACAAGUCUGCGGGGCCACUGGCCGUUCCCCCUCUCCCUGAUGUUUUCACGUCGGCUCUUGGAGGUCGGCGGUCAAAUCUCAGGGGGGCUGCCCCCCCCCCCCCCCCCCCCCACACACAUACACACACACACACACACACUUUCUAACACAUUAGGUAACAUUUACACCAUUAGCUAUCAACUGUACUGUACAUACUACUGUUUUAACCAUCGCAUUUCUACAUUAUUACAAAGUAAUUCUUGUGGAGACCACUUUGUCGCUUCUCGAAGCCUCGUUUUACUUUUUAAUUUUUAAAUGGUUGUACAUGUGAAUCAGCAUUACCUGAGCCAAAAAAAAGUAUGGGUUUUUUUCCGCUCAUUGACUACAAUGCGCUUGUUUUUUUUUGUUUCGUUUUUUCGCGCAAAUGUUGACAUGAAAUCGUUGGUACAUUUGGAGAGCUGACCCGGUACCUUCUCUGGUUUGGGUACAGAAACACACACCACCGCGCGGACGUGAAUGACCUCGCGGUGGCCAGCGAACGCACUUUGUAAUGCUGUAAACGGGCGGGAAAGGAAGGCUGUGUUUUUUGGUUUCUUCCCCGAUACCUUGGCACUGUACACUCUUUCAACUGUUUUUCUCUUGCUCAGUUGUGUGUCGAGUCGAAAAUUGUAUGUUAUUGGUGCCAUUAUUGUGCAUUUUGUCACUUAAAUUAUAGGGAUCUCCGACCUUGCGUCAUUGUCACAGAGAUUCGAUUUAUGUGUGUGGAAAAAUAAAAGUAAAAAAAAAAAACUUC